AUGGUGUUUUUAUGCCAUCCAGAAACAAAGGUUGUUAUUUUUUCAAUUAUUCUGUGAGUUGUGAAUUCAAUUACAUCAUGUCUGUGACUGUAAAUGGAAGUGGUAACACCAGCAAUGGAUAUGGUAGUCAUGACAAUGGUGCAGCUGACCUUGGUGAUGAUCCUGUUGUCUGUGACAACAGUAGUCAUGGACACCAGGAUAGAGCCAAAAGAAGGGGAUGUACUAGACAGUUAUCUUCUGUUCCCAGUGACAAGUAUUUAUGUCAGAAGGACUCUAAAACAUCAGAAAUAUGUCAUUCUAGCUCAUUCCACUACUCAACUGACCAAGGAGUAUGUUCUAUGGACUCAAGAAAUGAGAGUUCCUGCUGCAGUCAGUCAGAGUCUGAAUGGAGAGAAUCCCAUCAUCAUCAACAUCAUCACAGAAAUGCUUGUACUAGUGCUGCAGACAGUGGUAAUGUUGAUGAUGGGUAUGAAAUGGAUGGAAAUGUUUCUCCGGACAGUGCAGAUAUGGUAUUCAAUAGAGUUGAUCAAGACCCCUCAGAUCCUGGCUGGGAGUUCAGAUCAACAUGUCCGGUAACUUCAUGGGGUCAUUUCUCCAAGAGUCGCAAAGAACAAUACAAGUAUAGGCGUAGUGAUUAUUCCAGUGACAGUGAGGAUGAUUCUUCCAGUAAGACAACUGUACAGCCUCUAUCUCAGUCAGAUGGAGAAAGUAUACAGAGGUCACACCUUCCCAUGUGCGACCUCGCUCUUAGCCCACUCCUCAAUGUCUCCCUUAAAAAGAAAGAAGCUGUCCCCAACGGUAGCUCUCGACUCAGCUGUAGGAACAAGGAUGGUGUGAAACCUGCUGUUUUUAAAGAAAAAAUUGCAACUAUACUAAGAUGGUUCAAUGACUGCAGCGAUUCUCAAAAGAACAUGAUCUUAAAAGGGAUGUUGAGGGACUGUGAUCUGCCUCAGCUACAUUUGUUGUCUGUGAAAAUGGGCCCCAAUCUCCACCGGGGCUGUCCUCCAAACUGUCAGGACAUCAUCACAUGGCUACCCCCAGAUAUCGCCAGUAAAAUCAUGUCUUUCCUCGACCCAGUAAGUCUGUGCCAUGCUGCUCAGGUAUGUAAGGUAUGGCGCCAUGUGGCAGAGGAAGCCUCAUUCUGGCGAAAGUUCUGCUGUCAACCAAAAUGGCGACUGUCUAAAGCUGCAGAACACCAGCAGGUCAUAAGUCACAUGUCAUCAGAAGGAAGCAUAAUGUGGAAGAAAGUUUUUGCUGAACGCUUUCGUUUGCGCAACAAUUGGCUGAGUGGUAGAUGUACAGUGAGGACAUUUGAAGGUCAUUCUCAAGGUAUAUCAUGUGUACAAUUUGAUGAUACUCGUAUUGUGAGUGGGUCCUCGGACAAGACAAUCAAGGUUUGGAACAUUCGUACCAAUGCUCCGUGGUCCGUCCAAACACUGGUAGGACAUAGCGGUACUGUGCGGUGUUUACAUCUGGAGGGAAAACGACUUGUCAGCGGCUCAACAGACAAGUCAAUCAAGGUAUGGGACUUAUCCACGCAGGAAAGCUGGUCUAGUAUUGCCUGCAAAGUUACUAUGGUGGGACAUACAGACACUGUCAGGUGUCUACAGGUGGAUGAUGACAAGGUGAUCAGUGGAUCAUACGACACAACACUCAAAGUGUGGGAUCUACGUACAGGUCACUGUAGGAUGACCCUCAGGGGACAUUUAGCUGCAGUUUUAUGUGUACACUUUAGUGACACCAAAAUAGUGUCUGGAUCAUGCGACAAAGCUAUCAAGGUGUGGAACUAUUUUGGAGACUGUGUGCGGACACUGACUGGUCACCAGGAUGCAGUCACAUGUCUACAGUUUGACUCAACACGAAUUGUGAGUGGAUCUCUGGACUGUAACCUCAAGUUCUGGGACAUCCACAGCGGAGAGUGUAUGAACACUAUUGAUUGGAAGGCAGCUGAAGGUCAUACAGGGGUUGUAAGGUGCCUACAAGCCGACAGCUGGCGGCUCGUCAGUGCUGCUGAUGACAAGACAAUCAAGGUUUGGAACCUGGAGACAGGUAAGCGGCUCGUCACACUGAGGAAUCACACGGAUGGAGUUACCUGUCUACAGUUCAACGACUUUAUCAUUGUAUCAGGCUCGUAUGAUAAAACUGUCAAACUCUGGGACUUCAGCUGCUGUUGACCUGAUGGAAGGUUGAUGGCCGGUCAUUUCCUGGGAAGGUGUCGCCAGCCAUCAUAGACUCUGUGACAGGUUCAGACAUUGUUCAGUAGGUGUGACUUACUCCUGGAGGACAGGGUAUACCAGAAGUCAGCUACAAUAAAUACUCAUGUGACCCACAACUUACCAUAGCUAUUAUAGCAGUUAAGAAACAAUUGUAUUGGAGAUAUUGAAUUAUCUCUAUGAACAAAAAUGUAUUUUUUUCCGAAUCACACAAUGAUUAGAAAAAUAUGACUUGCUCAUUUUAUA